AUGGCAGCACGCUUUACGCUGGCGAGUGGCCUUACCAGCAAAGUCAACGCGUUUUCAGCCUACUUGUCCACCUUUUCAAAACGAUCGCUGUCAUUACUAGCACUCUUCACCAUCACCAUCUCGGUCAUAUUCCUUUAUUCAUCCAAUUCACCCAACUUUCUAUCAACAACACCAGAUGGCUUUCGCUUUGGACGCAAUGAAUCACAUCUACUCUCACCAGGAGUGUACGACUGUGGGCACAAGUGUCUCAGGCCCAAAGUGGAACAACUUGAGCCAAAACAGAUUUGGGAAGCAUGUCUCGAUCCCGGUGUUGUACCUGAAUACUAUCUCAGUGUGGUCAUGGUUUCCAGGAACGACAAUUAUGGUGGCGAGCAGUUUCAUCGACUACAAAACGCUAUCGACAGCACCUUUUUAAUGGCUGAAGAAACCAAGACCCCGAUUGAAUUGUUACUCAUUGAAUGGAAUCCACCCGUGGGUCGUCGUCGAAUUCGUGAUGUGUAUCGUUUUCGACGAUCUUCGUAUUUGACCUAUCGUAUCAUUACCGUUUCCCGAGAAAUUCAUGAGGCAUUGCAUGGUGGUGGUAAAGAGGGAUCAAAGAUUUACGAGUUUGAAGGCAAGAAUGUGGGUAUUCGGUUUGCAAGAGGCGAGUUUAUUGUUUGCACCAAUCAAGAUGACAUCUGGUCCCGCAACAUGUAUAAUGCCAUCAUUUCACGUGUAUGGCGUAAAAAGGUCUUUUAUACUCAAUUCCAAGAUAGCCAUAUUCCGUAUCAAAACUUGCCAUCCACCCUCGUCAAGCUUACCAACUUUGCCACAGACGACCAAAUUCUUGAAGCAUGCCCUCAUGACCGAUAUGAACGAGGCCAAUUUCAACUUACUCCUCACAAGGAACUCGACACACAAAACUUUUUGGAGAUCACCAAUGAAGCUAGCGACUUUACUUUGGCACAUCGUGAUACAUGGAAAAUGACCCAUGGCUAUCGGGAAACAGGAGCGAGAUCAUGGAUGGAUAUGGAAUUGUUAUUGACGGCCAGCUGGACACUUGACAUCCCCAUCAAUUACAGCCCAGAGCCUUUUACUUGUCAUCAGCAACACGAAAAGGUUCCUCAUCCCAACACGAAGGAGGACAACCAAGGCGUCGAUGUGGGUCGGAUGAUGAAUGGAGAAGAGAUACAUAUGAACAAGGAAGAUGAAUGGGGUCUGCAAACCAUUGAUUUAUGGUCGCAUGAUCUUCAAUGCGAAGUAUUUCGCGGAGGUAUUGGGAUGUAG